AUGAUAAACGUGCACCCCCAGCCCACCGCUGAUGCCCAGCUUCGCACUUCCAUCGUUGCGGCCUCUGGCGAGAACCAUCCCGUGAAUGCAGUGCCCAGUCUUCCUAGUGAAAGUCUCAAGGGAGGCUUGCAGCAGCAGAAGCAUGAGCAGCAGCGACAGCCGUCGCCUGGUGUGGCCGAAUUUCUCGAUGCCGCGCAUAGGUCCUCUGCGCCGAUUUUUGUAGGCGAUGACGCUAACUUACGGGAAGCUUGGGCGGAAUGCAACACCACAUUGCAGUUGUUGCGCACCGAACACUUAGCCGCGCUGCGUGUGGCGUCAAAUCGAACCUCUGUAGAAUCUGUGUGCUCCUCCGAGGAUAUAAGCGUGGGUCACUGGGCGACCGGCGUGGAAGGCGAGGAGCGCGACAAGGUUGACACCUUCGGCCCUGCCCCGGUUGAUCUGCUGCUGCCGCAGCGGGAAAUUGACGCGGCCACAUGCCCGGUGCGUUCAAUGAUGGAGGAGACCGGCAUGUACGGAUCCUGGCAGGUAGCGGCGUCGCGGCGCAAAGUAGUGAACUGCCGCUCACUAGCCCAUCGUACUGCACUGGACGCGAUUCGCCAACGCUACGGCGCCGUGGCUUGGAGCGAAGCGCGCGGUGUCUGCGAUGCGUGA